AUGUCAUCAUCUUCAUCACCACAAAAGCUCAAAGUUGGCGUACUCGGCGCCACAGGUACCGUCGGACAGCGAUUCAUCCUCCAGCUUGCCGAUCACCCUCAAUUUGAACUUGCUGCUCUCGGCGCCUCUUCAUCAUCAGCAGGCAAGACAUACAUCAAAGCCGUCGAAGGAAGAUGGAAGCAGGUCCGCCGAGUCCCCGACAACGUUGCGCAGAUGACAGUCUACGAAUGCCAGCCUCAACACUUUGCUGAAUGCCAGGUCAUCUUCUCUGGCUUGGACUCUGGACCUGCUGGACCCGUCGAAGAUGCCUUCCGCAAGGCCGAGUUGAGAGUCUUUUCCAACGCCAAGAACUACCGCAUUGACCCACUCUGUCCACUGGUAGUGCCAUUGGUCAACCCGGACCAUAUGGAGAUCCUGCCGUAUCAGAAACAGCAAGUCGGCACCAAGACGGGCUUUAUCGUCACCAACGCCAACUGUUCCACCACCGGUGUUGUCGUGCCAUUGAAAGCGCUGGAGGAGAAGUUCGGCCCCUUGGAGAAGGUACUGGUCAACACAAUGCAGGCUAUCUCGGGGGCAGGCUACCCCGGGGUUUCCUCUCUCGAUAUUCUGGACAACAUUGUUCCCUUUAUCAGCGGCGAGGAGGAGAAGAUCGAGUGGGAAACAGCCAAGAUCUUGGGUGGUAUCAAGUUGGACAAGACGGCUUUCGACUACCAUGAGCAAAACCCUUUGAAGGUAUCCGCUCACUGCAACCGAGUUCCCGUCAUUGAUGGACACAUGGAAUGCGUAUCAGUCUCGUUCAAGAAGCGUCCCGCACCAUCGGUAGAAGAAGUCAAGAAGUGCUUUGAAGAGUUCACCACAGAAGCACAAAAGAUUGGCGUUCACUCAGCACCUGCUCAAGCCAUCACAUUGCAUCAGGAGCAGGACCGUCCACAACCUCGUCUAGAUCGCGACUGGCAGAAUGGCGCUGGUGUCAAUGUCGGUAGGGUCCGCCAAUGCCCCGUCUUUGAUAUCAAAUUCGUUGUUCUCUCCAACAACGUCAUGAUCGGUGCCGCUACCAGCUCCGUCAUGAACGCCGAGAUCGCUCUUGCCAAGGGCUACCUUUUUUGA